UUUUUUUGCACCAGGCUGCGUUAGGGUUGAUCUUUCCUCCUGGCCGCAGCCGCACGCAAUCUCUCACACACUCUCGGUUGAGCUGCCAUUUCUUCUGGUCUCCCUCUAUCUGCAGCUCCUAGCGGCAAAUUCACCUCAUCGGCUCACGGUUUUAGGCGCUGCUUUCCGGUUUCUGAUCUGUCAAACCGUCGUCAUAGGUGUACUCGAUCUCGGUGGCCGUCGGUUCUCUUUCUCGGUUGUUAUCUUUCAAAGUCACCACCAAGGAGUAUUUGGAGCUCCUGUAUCUUUCAGGAAACCUACUGAAUUGCCGAGCAUAUAUUGAUUUUAUUAUUCAGUUAAGCCAGCCAAAAUGUCGCGGAAGGGUUUAAUGGAGCAGGACCUGAGUAAACUGGAUGUGACAAAGUUGCAUCCACUCUCUCCUGAAGUUAUCUCUCGUCAGGCUACCAUUAAUAUUGGUACCAUAGGCCAUGUGGCACAUGGCAAGUCAACAGUUGUAAAAGCAAUAUCGGGUGUCCAGACUGUUCGUUUUAAAAACGAGUUGGAGCGUAAUAUUACAAUCAAGCUUGGUUAUGCAAAUGCGAAGAUAUAUAAAUGUGAAGAUGAAAGGUGUCCCAGGCCUAUGUGCUACAAGGCCUACGGAAGUGGAAAAGAAGACAAUCCUAUGUGUGAUGUGCCAGGGUUUGAAAACUGCCGGAUGAAAUUGCUGAGGCAUGUUUCUUUUGUGGAUUGCCCGGGUCAUGAUAUUCUCAUGGCUACAAUGCUUAAUGGAGCAGCAAUCAUGGAUGGGGCAUUGCUACUCAUAGCAGCUAAUGAGAGCUGCCCGCAACCACAAACCUCUGAACAUCUAGCUGCUGUAGAAAUUAUGCGCCUACAACAUAUAAUAAUUCUUCAAAAUAAGGUUGACCUGAUUCAGGAAAACGUGGCUAUUAAUCAGCAUGAAGCUAUUCAGAAGUUUAUACAAGGAACAGUUGCCGAUGGUGCACCUGUAGUACCUAUUUCAGCUCAGUUGAAGUAUAAUAUUGAUGUUGUGUGUGAAUAUAUCGUUAAGAAGAUCCCAAUUCCUGAAAGAAACUUUGUCUCUCCACCUAAUAUGAUUGUAAUUCGGUCAUUUGAUGUCAAUAAGCCUGGGUUUGAGGUUGAUGAGAUAAAAGGAGGUGUAGCUGGUGGAAGUAUUCUCAGGGGUGUUUUGAAAGUAAAUCAAUUCAUUGAAGUUCGACCUGGAAUAGUUGUUAAAGAUGAAAGUGGGAAUAUCAGAUGCACUCCUAUAUACUCGAGAAUAGUUUCAUUGUACGCUGAGCAGAAUGAGCUUCAAUUUGCUGUGCCAGGAGGUUUGAUUGGUGUUGGCACAACCAUGGAUCCCACUUUGACCCGUGCUGACAGAUUGGUGGGUCAAGUUCUUGGUGAAGUUGGAUCACUGCCUGAGGUCUAUGUUGAACUUGAGGUAAACUUCUUCUUGCUUCGUCGCUUGCUCGGUGUCCGGACAAAAGGAACUGAGAGACAGGGAAAGGUAUCAAAGUUGACCAAAGCAGAGAUCCUUAUGUUGAACAUAGGAUCAAUGUCAACUGGGGCCAGAGUUAUUGCCGUAAAGAAUGAUUUGGUGAAGUUGCAACUCACUUCCCCUGUGUGCACUAGCAGGGGGGAGAAGAUCGCUCUGAGUCGUCGUGUCGAGAAGCAUUGGCGUCUGAUUGGCUGGGGCCAAAUCCAAGCUGGAACCACCCUAGAUGUCCCAUCUUCACCUCUUCUGAAUUAAUCUGAGUGACUAGAGAAUAGAGACAGCGAGGAUCACAGCAAGAAACGCCUUAUAUAAAUUCUGAGAGUUCAUAGAUGUGGGAAGGUAGACAAUUGUUGGGAACCAUUUUUUUGAAGUGGAGAAGAAAACUUUUGCGCUGAGUUGUUUUUUCUUCUCUUUUUCCUCUGUAUUUUUUUCCUCCUCCCUUUUUUACCUAUUGAUGAAUUUGUAUCUUGUGCCGAUUUAGACUGGGAGCAAUUCAACACAGUAUUUUUUUUCCCCUCAGGGACUCCCUGGCCAAUAAUCAGUUUGUUGCUUCAAUUGGGUUUGACAGGAUGCUGUGUGGUGCUGGUUCAAUAUUAUACAUUAUUCAAGCUACGGUUUUCAAAA